CCAGGGUGCCCUGAGCACCUUCCGUUCGUGCCUCCGUGUCUGAGACCUGAGUGGCCGUGGGCCCCCGCCUGUGGCGCAGCUCUGGUGGGGAACCGCCAGGUCUCCCCCUCCCGGCAGUAGGCUAGGCCUGGCCAGGCGGCCGGCGGGAGCCCCCUUGGUGGAGGCCGUGGCUGGUAAAAGAUCAUAACGUGGGGCGGUGCCCGGCAGGGGCGAAGGUCGCCCGGGCUGAGACGCCACCACCAGCGGCAGCCAGCUGCUCAGAGGGCCCGGCCGGCGGACGGCCGCCGAGAUGGGGGCUUGGGCCCUGCUGCUGCCACUGCUCAUGGCCACGGCCCAGGCCCAGGUCUGCUCUGUGAGCAACGCCAUCUUCGAAGUCCAGGAGAACACGAAUCCGAGCGGGCCCCUGACGGACAUCGAUGUCCCUGCGGGCCAGCAGGUGACCCUCGGACCGUCGUCCACCCCCUACGCGUUUCGGAUCCAGGGGACUCAGCUGUUUCUCAACAUCACUCCCGACUACGAGGAGAACACAAUGCUGGAGGCGCACCUGGAGUGCAGGAGUGGUAGCACCGUGGUGACCCAGCUGAGAGUGUUCGUGUUUGUGCUGGACAUCAACGACAACCCGCCCACGUUCCCCUUUGAAGUCAAGGUGGAGAAUAUCCCUGAGGACACUAAAGUGAACACCACAGUCAUCCCUGGGACGGAACUGGAGGCCCAGGACCUCGACAAGGACGACAUACUGUUCUACACCCUCCAGGAGGUGACCCCGGGCGCCAGUAACUUCUUCUCCUUGGUGGGUACCAACCUGCCCGCUCUGCGGCUGGACCGGACACUGGACUUCCACACGUGGCAGAGCAUGACCUUCCGGCUGCUGGUGCGGGACACACAGGGGGAGAAUGUGGAGCCCAGCCACACGGCCACGGCCACCCUGGUCCUGGAGGUGCAGCCUGCUGACCUUCGCCCCCCCUGGUUCCUGCCCUGUGCCUAUUCAGAUCCUUACGUCUGCAUCAACGCCGAGUACCGUGAGGCUGUCCCCACGGGGCACAAACUGCCAGCUUCCCUCAUCCUACGUCCUGGGCCCAUCCACGCCGUGGACGGGGAUCGGGGCAUCAACCAGCGUAUCCUCUACAGCAUUAUGAGGGGACAAGAAGAUGGCACAUUUGCCAUUGACACUGACUCGGGCAACCUCACCAUGACCAGAAGUGUCCCCAGCCCAGAGACCUUCACUCUGCUGGUCAAGGGCGAGCAGGCAGACCACGCCCGCUACUCGGUGACCUGGGUCACAAUUGAGGCCCGAAAUGCCACCGGGAGCCCGCCCCACUUCCCCGAGAGCCGGUACCACGGGACUGUGGCACGAGGCUCUGGAGCAGGCGUGGAGGUCAAAGACGCCACCGCCCCCGCCCAGCCUCUGAGGAUCUGGGCCCAGGACCCUGACUUUCCGGACCUCAACUCUGCCAUCACGUACCGCAUCACCAAUAACACCAACUUCCGGAUGGACGGCGAGACCGUGCUGACCACCGCCCUGCUGGCCGAUGUGGGGGUCUUCUAUGCAGAGGUCGAGGCCAAUAACACAGUGACCGCAGGCACAGCAACCACAGUGGUGGAGAUACAGGUGCUGGAGCGGGAAGAGCCCACCCCCACAGCCUCGCCCAGUGGGGGCUCGACAGAGACGCUGAACCCAGGAACCUCUCAGACGAUGACCCCUGGGCCCAGCAGGACCCCACAGCCCUCAGGGCCACCCCAGACCGGAGGAGGCAGCACUUCGGGGGACGGCGAGCCCGGAGUCAGCCAAGCUGAGGACCGGCGCUUCUCUGUCGUGGACAUGGCGGCCCUGGGCGGGGUGCUGGGCGCACUGCUGCUUCUGGCUCUCAUUGCCCUCCUCAUCCUGGUCCACAAGCACUACGGCCAACGGCUCAAGUGUUGCUCUGGGAAAGAUCUGGAGAGCCAGCCCCUCAGCUUUGACGACCAGGCCUUCGUUGCCCCCCAAGAGGCCAACUGGGCGCCGGCUCCCCACUCCUCACCCGGCCCCACUCGGGCUGCAGCUCCGGAGCCCCCGGAGCCUGCGCCCCCAGAGCCCCCCAGCACCGCGGCCCCUCGCCCAGCCUCAGAGUCCCCUGAGGUGGCCCGCGAUGGAGACGGCCCGGCAGCAGUGAGGUCCAUCCUGACCAAGGAGCGGCGGCCUGAGGGCGGCUACAAGGCCGUGUGGUUCGGGGAGGACAUCGGCGCUGAGGCGGACGUGGUGGUUCUGAACACGCCCGCCUCGGACGCGGCCCGCACCGCCGACUCCGGCAGCGAGGCCAGCAGCGACGAGGACGCGGACGAGGAUCCCCACGCCGACGUGCCGGGCGCCGGCUCCACCUACGUCUAGCUGGGCUCCUCGGCUCCUCGGCUCCUCGGCUCCUCGGCUCCUCGGCUCCUCGGCUCCUCGGCUCCUCGGCUCCUC